AACAAGACUACAACUAUAUAAGUUAUCUUUUUUAUAUGUGACUUAAAAUGGGCGACAAAUCAACACCGCUUUUAGCGGUCCUCCAACUUCUACGAAAGUAUGAUUUGAAGGGCACUGAAGAAAUUUUAAGGAAAGAAGCAAAUCUAGGUGACGCUGAAUAUGAAAAUUUAGAUUUACCUGAAGUUGAACUUGCCAGUAUACUUACAGCACAUCAUACUGAAAGUGAUCCAUAUAGCUAUGAGUUUGCUUACGAUAGUCUAAAAAAAUUUGUUGAAAACUCUUUAGACAUAUAUAAGUAUGAGCUGUCAACAUUCCUGUAUCCAGUAUUUGUUCAUAUGUAUUUAAUCCUAAUUUUAUAUGAUCACAAUGAACAUGCUAAAAAGUUUAUGGAAAAAUUUGGUCCAGAACAAGAAGAUUAUUAUCAAGAGGACCUUAAACGAUUGGCAGUGGUUGAAAAUAAAGAUCAAAUAAAGGGUAAUGAACUUGCAGAAGUAUACAAUACAAACAAAUUUCAAGUUCAACUGUCAAGAGAUGCCUCUACACAAUUAAAAAGAUACCUACAUGAACAAAAAAGUUCACCUGUGAUCAUAAAUAUAAUUAAUAACCACAUUCAGAUUGACAUUCAUGAUGGUCCAGGGAGGACACAAGCCCAGGUAAAAGCAACUGUUGGUGGACUCCUUGGUGAAGCUUCAAGGAAUGAUAAUCGCUCCAAAGUUUUCUAUGGACUUCUAAAGGAACCUGAUAUUCAAGUUCUUCCUGCUCCAAUUGAAGAUGAGGAUGAAGCUGAUGAAACUCCAGAUAAACCAAAAAAAAAGAAAGCUAAAAAGGAUAAUAUAUUUAUGAAAAAACCAAAAUCUGAUCCUAAUGCUCCUCCCAAUGACAGAAUUCCAUUACCUGAAUUAAAAGAAACUGAUAAAAUUGAGAAAGGUAAAGCUCUUAGAGAAGCUUCUAAACGUGUCCAGCUUGGUCCUGACAGUCUACCUUCCAUUUGUUUCUACACACUAUUGAACAGUGGCCAAACUGCUGUUUGUGCCGAUAUUUGUGAUGAUUCUACUUUACUUGCAGUAGGCUUCAACAAUUCUUCAAUUAAGGUAUGGACAUUAACAACUGUUCGCUUACGAGGAAUGAAAUCAGCAGAAAAAUUGCAAGAUAUUGACAGAGAAGCAGGUGAUGUUUUGGUAAGAAUGAUGGAAGAAAAAGAUAGAGACACAUGUCGUACACUAUUUGGACACUCAGGUCCUGUGUAUAAAGUUGCGUUCGACCCAUUCAAAACCAUGUUAUUGUCUUGUUCAGAAGAUUCAACAGUUCGACUAUGGUCGCUGCAGUGCUGGACGUGUUUAGUGGUGUACCGUGGUCACGUGUGGCCAGUGUGGGAUGUUCGUUGGUCACCAUAUGGCUACUACUUUGCAUCGGGUGGCCACGACCACACGGCACGUCUCUGGGCCACCGAUCACCACCAGCCUCUUAGGAUAUUUGCAGGACACCAUUCUGAUGUGGAUUGCAUACAAUUUCACCCAAAUUCAAAUUACAUUGCUACUGGCUCCAGCGAUCGUACAGUUAGAUUAUGGGACUGUUUAACUGGAACCCAAGUUCGGAUUAUGACAGGACAUAAAUCAACACCAUUCGCAUUAGCUUUUUCCGCAUGUGGGAGAUGGUUAGCAUCAGGAGCUGGAAAUGGAGAAAUAGUAGUGUGGGAUAUGUCGACAGGCUUGCCUACGGCGACCUUACCGCCUAUGCACUCGGCACCUGUACAUGCAUUAGCGUUUAGUCGCGACGGAACUAUCUUAUCUUCUGGUGCUUUGGAUUCCACCAUCAAGCUUUGGGAUUUCAGCCUAAUAUCUGACGAAAGUUCGAGCGAAGAAAGUGGGAUGACUAACGUAACACAAAAAGAAGAAAAAUUUUUAUUACGUUCCUUUGCUACAAAAAAUUCACCUAUAAAAAAUUUACAUUUUACUAGAAGGAACCUUCUGCUAGCUGUUGGAUCAUACGAAGGAAGUUCAUAGAAUUUAGUUAUGAAAUCAAUUUAUUAAAUAAACAUUUCAUUUACACAUU